CCGCGUGUGUUCUCGGCGAGCAGUGUAGAGGCGUUUUUCUCGCGUCCUCGGUCCCGUAGCCUCCCAUAUAUUGUCUCUCUCGGACGCCACCGGCUUCGGAGACCAGGGGGAUUGCACACCGUUCACGGACGACGACAGAUCCGGGGCCCGCCUCCCUGUCCUCGCAGCUGGAUUUCCAGGCUAUGCGUUGACUUCAGCUGCUGCGUGAAGCCUUCCAACUUGGCUCGAGAAAAACAAGCCAUGGCUCGAACUGUUGUGCUGGCCGCAGUUUGCUGCCUGGUGGGCGUGGCCAUCCUGCUGCUCGUCGAGCAUCCCGGGGGCGUGUCAGCCGUCAAACUGACCUACCUGGGCAACACCACCGCCUGCGAUAUCUGCGACCAGGACGUCGACUUCUCCGGUCGCAACUUCAUCUGCUGCCUGGCGCACAGCAAGUGCUGCGGGCCCGACAGCCUCGACAGGAAAUGACGGAGCCUGUGAGAUGACGUCAGUAAACUUCUCCCAGCUGCACCUGCGCAGAAAAACAGUAUACCCUACUUUGUCGCCGAUACAUGCGUGUUCACAUACAGACUGGUUUCAGUGGCUAUUGGCCUACACGAAUUCCGAUAAACUGCAUUCAAGGCAUAGCGCAGCCAAAUUCAACAAUGACGAGCACGUGCUAUUUAUCGCAUUUUGUACAUCUAAAUAAUGAAAUGUCAUCAUAACACAGUCUGCGCUUCUUUUUCUUUUUUUUCUUUUUUGUUCCUGUUACGGAUGUUAAAAAAUUGAAGCUACAACUUUUCAUGGUCAAGCGGGUUUGUUUGAGCGGUCUCAUAGUCGUAUAUACAACAUUGACCUGUUCUUCUUAAUUAUGCAAGCACGGCUGAAAUUUAAGGCAACCUACUCGCGCUUUUUUAUUCAUGCGUGCGCAGUUAUAUAACACGUUACACUCGCGGAGCUCUCGUUGCUUUUUUUUUAUUUUCCCUUUGUUGUUUUUGCUUUUUUUCUUGUCAUCAGAAGCAACUAGCACAUUUUAGUGGUAUUCUAGACCAUGUUUGCAUCACGUUCACUUCGGAAGACUGUCACGAAUAAAGGAUAUGAGAGCGAAAAAAAAAGAA